UCAGUUUCUUGAAGGAGAAGCAACAUGAAGAUCUACAAGCUGUGCAUUCUGAUGACUUUGGUGGUCGCUGGUCACACCAGCCCAAUACUGCCAUCUGUUGAUAAAGAAGAAAUAACCAUGGCUGAGAAUUACCUGAACAAGCUGUAUGCCCUGCCAAAGCAUGCAUCUAACGAAAAGUUACAACGCUCUAGUUCAAUGAGUAUGAGGCUGAAGGAGAUGCAGGAAUUCUUUGGACUCAAGAUAACAGGAACGCUGAAUGAAGAGACACUGAAUGUGAUGAAGAAGCCCCGCUGCGGGGUUCCAGAUGUUGCAGCCUAUUCUGUUUUUCAAGGGAACUACAAAUGGAAAAAACACGAUCUGACCUACAGAAUUGAGAACUACACACCUGACAUGUCAGUAGCCGAGGUGGACGAUUCCAUUCAAAGAGCCCUGAAGGUGUGGGCAGAUGUCAGUCCUCUGAGAUUCACUCGCAUCUACAGUGGAGUCGCUGACAUCAUGAUCUCAUUCGUGGUUGGAGAUCAUGGUGACGGGUACCCCUUUGAUGGACCCAAUGGUUUUCUGGCUCAUGCGUUUCCUCCCUUUGAUGGUAUUGGUGGUGAUGCCCAUUUUGACGACGACGAGUUUUUCACCUACAAAGCUUAUGAUGGAUACAAUUUAUUCCUGGUUGCUGCCCACGAGUUUGGACACGCGUUAGGCCUCGAACAUUCCCAGGAUCCAGGUGCACUGAUGUAUCCCAACUACGUCCACAGAGACGUUGAUACCUUCUCCCUCCCUCAAGAUGACGUCAAUGGAAUCCAGUUUCUUUACGGCCCUAACCCUGAAGUCAACCCUGAUGAAACAAAACCCACACCACCCACCACCCCAGACAGAUGUGAUCCUAAGAUGGUCCUGGAUGCUGUAACCAUGCUCAGAGGAGAGAUCAUGUUCUUCAAGGGCAGCUUUAUCUGGCGCAGUUACCCCUUUAGCACCACAGUGGAGCAACAUCUCAUCAAAAGCUUCUGGCCUGAGAUUCCAGAAAACAUCGAUGCAGCAUUCGAGAGUCCAUUUGAUGACAAAGUCUACAUUUUCAAAGGUCAAAAGGUCUGGGCUAUCUAUGGCUAUGACGUGGCGCGGGGAUAUCCCAAGAGUCUCAGCAUCUUCCGUCUGCCAAAUAAAGUGAAGAAAGUCGAUGCAGUCCUCUAUGAUGAGCAGACCUACAAAAUCCUAUUUUUCGUUGACGAUAAGAUUUAUAGUUAUGAUGAGCAGACACGGAGAAUGGACAAAGGUUAUCCUAAACCGGUGGAAAAUGUAUUCUCAGGAAUGACAGGGAUGGUGACAGCGGCCUUCCAGUACAAAGGUUUCAACUAUCUUUUCAGUGGAUCCAAAAUGUUUGAGUUCAGUUCUUAUCACAAGAAGCUGUUCCGCGUCCUGAACAACAACUAUUUUCUGCCCUGUUAGUUUGUUGAGAUUUUUGUCUUAGCCCAGCAAUACAAUGUCUGCCUGCCUGGAGGGAAAACAUACAGAACCUGUCAGUAUUUUUAGCACAAUGUUUGAGUAUUUAAUUUAUUACAUUUAUUUAUUUAAUUUCCUGAAAAGACUGAUGUUUUGUGUGGGUAGUCUGUCGUAACCUUUGAAACAUUUUUUUUGUACUCCAGAGUAAUGAAACUUGCUGUGAUUGCCUUAAAGUUAUCAUUACAAAAUAAACACUUUAAUCUGAA